AUGACAGAUAUUGAACCUAAAUCUAUUUUAUAUUGUGGUAUUUGUUCUUGGCCACCAGAAUUUUGUGAAUUUGGUAUCACGAAAAAGAAAUGUCAAACAUGGUUAAAUGAAAAUCAUCCUGAUAAAUAUCCAUCAAUAUAUCCAACAGGUGGGGAUUUAUCUUCUUCAUCCACCACAACUAAUGAAUUGGAUAAAGAUACAAAAUCAAAUACAAUUGAUAAAAAAGAUAUAAUUGGAGAAAAUAAUGAUGGAAAAGAUGAGAAUAAUAAUAAUAAUGACAUUGUCACGAAAAAAUUACUUGAACAAGGUGUAUCAGAAUUAUCAAUUGCUAAAGAAGAAAAAUUACAAAAAGAAUUAAAUAAACGAGCAGCUAAAGAAGAAUUAAAAUUAGAAAGGAAACAACUUGAAAAAAUUUCCAAUUCAAAAAUUAUUAUUAAGAAAAUAUCUCGUAAUAAGAAGAAAUCUAUAGUUUCAAUUUCUGGAUUAGAAAUUUUAGAAACAACAACAGGUACUACUACUAGUAAUAAUAAAGUAUCAAUUAAAAGUUUACAAAAAAAAUUUUCAUCUAAAUUUGCUACGGGGACAAGUGUUGUGAAAAAUGCUGAAAAUAAAUCUGAUAUAUUGAUACAAGGGGAUGUUUUCGAAGAAGUUCAUCAAUUUAUAAUUAAUCUUUUACAAGAACAAGGAUUAAAUGAUAUUAAAAUUGAAUUGACUGAUGAUAAAUUGAAAAAGAAGAAAUGA